CUUCGGACUACAUCCACUUCUUGCCCUUCAGAACUUUCACUUCAUAUUGCCAUUAUAAAGAGUUAUUGUUCAGAUUAUUUUUUACAUUUUUUUUCCUAAAUUUUACUAUUGCGUGAGGAUUUAUAUAACAUAUCAGAUAUUUUUACAUCUUUUUCUUUCUAUUUUAUUUGUUUUUUUUAUAUUUAAAAUAAGAACUCUAUUUGGGUUCUUUGAUAUUUUAAGAAUCUUUCUAGAAAGUCUAUCAUUCUCUAAAAAUGGGGAACAUGGAUGGAAAGGCAGUAGAGGAACUAAGUGCCACAGAGAUCCACCAAUGGUACAAGAAGUUCAUGACGGAAUGUCCUUCUGGCCAGCUCACACAGCAUGAGUUCAAGCAGUUUUUCAAUCUUAAGAACUUGAGUCCAGCCUCCAAUCAAUACAUCGAGCAAAUGUUUAACACCUUUGAUUUCAACAAGGAUGGAUAUAUGGAUUUCAUGGAAUAUGUAGCAGCUCUGAGUUUAGUGCUGAAAGGCAAGGUUGAGCAGAAGCUGAAGUGGUACUUUAAGCUUUAUGAUGUGGAUGGAAACGGUUGCAUCGAUAGAGGAGAACUUCUAAAUAUAAUCAAGGCUAUAAGAGCCAUAAACAGAUGCAAUGAGGAUAUGACAGCAGAGGAAUUUACGGAUAUGGUUUUUGACAAAAUUGACAUCAAUGGAGAUGGUGAAUUAUCACUGGAAGAGUUUAUAGAGGGAGUACAAAGAGAUGAAUUCCUUCUUAACGUGUUAACUCGCAGUCUGGACCUCAAACAUAUUGUCCACAUGAUCCAAAAUGAUGGUCAGAGUAUUCAUACAGAGUCAACCAGGCAGGAAAUCAUCAACGGAAAUAUACACUAAUGAACAUUUUAACCUAUGUAUGCAUUAUAUUAAAUAUACCUUUUUUACUUCCUGUAUAUUGCCUGUGACCAAUGCUCAGAAAUGGUGAGUAUUUUAUGCUUGGCUACUACAGGAUCUUUGUUACCAUCUUCAAAUUCUAAAGCCCUAAUAUGGGAACAAGGUUAGCACUUUAGACAAUGCAAAACCAAUAAAAAACUGGCCUAAAACCCGGUAAGGAUUGCUGCAUUAGAUUGGUACCAAAAUUGCCAAAAUGAUUUGCCUCUUUAAAGAUUCAUAAAAUCUUUUAUUGCCAAUAUAUGUUGACAAUAAAAGGUUUAACUGAAUAAUUAACAAAUUCAUUGUGAAAUAAUUACCAGAAAAAGCAGGCAGUUUGGUACUAUUUGCACUAUGAAUUUGCACCGAUAUCAUUAAUUUUGAAUAUGGGACCAUGGAAGGAAAGUGCCAGUCAGGAACAUUGCUGCAUGCCAUUAACAAUAAAGUUGUGUUGGAAAGCAAGACUGGAUACAGGACUGAGACCUGCCUUGUAAGAACACAAAAGCAAUGCACUGGCUUGGAUGAGCUGCCACAGGAUAAAGUGCAAAGCUCCCAUGGCACAACUUAAUGUAUGAAGUUGUAUAAAUAGAAGGCUGUGAUGUUGUGUGUGGCAUGCAAUAAUAAUAGCAGCAGUUACCAAUGCUAAAAAGAGGACAAUGAUAUUGAACUUCUCCCAUUUACAAUCUAUUUAUUUGCUUCAUUCAUCAACAAUCAUAAACUAUAUACUUCCGAUGUCAGCCUUUCACUUUGCAGCCUGCUGUCAUAGAGAAAUAUUGUGAUGUCUAUGUAUAUGUUAUAAUAAUGUCUGUACUCUACUCUGUGCACUCAUUUAACUACCUACAGGUAUCUAGCCAUAAGCUUUUUUUUUUUAUCUCAUCUACUCUUUCUAUGUCUGACUGUCUUUUUAUCUAUGUAUCAAUCUUACUAUUUGCAUGUCUCUUGCCUCACUCCUACACUGAAUCCACUUUUCAAAUAACCUAUCUAGCUAUCUCCCUAGUUAUUUAUUGAGUUAACUAUAUCAUAAUGAUUGCAUCAUGAUACCUAUCCUUUACACAUAUCUCUUUUUCCAAAGCAAAUAUCUGAAUGGCAGCACAUAAUACUCUAUACAAGAGUUCUGUACUUUUUAAUUAAAAGGCACUCUAUCAAAGGUGUUAUAUAACUGUUCUAAAAUGUAUUUGUACGGCAUGCAUGUAAACAUCUUUCAACCCCACAUAAAGGAGAAUUUAUUUACAUAUUGUAUAUGUAUUAUAACAGUCCUUUUUUAAUUUAAUGACUAGCUAAGAAAAAUGUUGUGUUGUGUGAUGAUUCAAUUCAAUUUACAUAAACUAUUAUUUUAA